AUGUUUUUAACUAAAAGAGUUUCUUCUUUAGUUAAAACAAAUAAUUUUAAAUUAAAUAGUAGUAUUAGUAGUAUUAAUUCAAUUAGAUCAUUAAAAGAUGAUCAAGAAUCACAACAACAACAACAACAACAACAACAAUAUUAUUCAACAAAAAGAAAUGUAUCAUCAAAUUUAAAGAAAUUAACCAAAAAACCAACAGUUGUAAAAAGUAAAACACCAAAAAGAAUUUCAGAAAUGAGUAGAUUAUUAUCAAAAUUAACAAUGGAAGAUCCAGAUGGUAUUGAUGAUUCACCAAUUGUUGGAGAUGAUAAAGAAUACAAUAUGGAGGAGGAUGAUUAUGAUAAUAAUGACGAAGAGAAUGAAUUUCAAUUUGAUUCAAAAUUAAAAUUUGAUACAACACAAGAUAAUCAAUUAUAUAAAAAAGAAAAUAUUCAAGAAACAGAAAUCGAUAAAAAUAAAGAAGAUAAUUAUUUUAAUAAUAAUAAUAAUAAUAAUACACAAAAUUCAUCAUCAUCAUCAGAUAAUAUUAAAAAAGAUAAAAAAACAAUAGAUGAAGAAGUUAGAUUAGAAUUUUGGGCUAAACAAAUGGCAUUACGUGAUUCAUUGAAAAAUGAUGGUGGUAAAUAUUUAUUAGAUGAAGAAUCUUAUCAAGAACCAAUUAAAAACUAUAAAAUACUUGGUAGAAAAUUAAUGCAACGUCGUCAAGUUGAAAAAGAAAAAGAAAUAGAUGAUAAAAAAAAAUUAAAAGAGAAAUUAAAAUUAGAGAAAAUUAAAGAAUUAGGUUUAGAUUUAAAUUUAAUUGAACAAGAAAAUGAAAAAAAUAAAUUAAAAUCUGAAGAAGCUUUAAAAGAUUUAUUAACAAAAGAAGAAUUUGAAUCAUAUAAAAAAUCAAAUAAUAAUAAUAAAAAUGAUAAUGAAGAAGACGAAGAAGGAGAAGAAGAAGAAGAAGAAUAUGAUGAAGAGGAUGAUGAUGAUGAUGGUAUUUAUGAUAAUAUGAUUGAUGGUGAUAGAAAUCAAGGACUUGUUGAUAUAGAUAUUGGUUUACCAAAUCUUACAAGAUUAAAUCCAUAUACACCAGUACCACCACCAAUUGAAAUUGUUCAAGAAUUAUUAGAGAUUAGAAAACAAGAAUUAAUUAAAAAAACUGAACAAUCUUCAGAUGAUUUCGAAAAAAGACGUCGUAUAAAGAGAAUUGAAUUCAUUGCAAAGAAAAAAGAAUUACAACAUAAACAAAUGUUGGAAAGACAUAAAAGAAUGGGUUUAUAUGAUUCAAUUGUAACUGAUGAAGAUGAAUUACCAAUUGAAAUCGAUCCAAAAGUAUUUAGUCGUUAUCAAGCUGGUGAUAUCACUGAACAAGAAAUGUUAGAUAUUAGUAAAAUUGAAAAUAAACAAGAAAGACAAAGACAAAUUAAAUCAAGAAUUGAAGCAAAAAAUAAGAAAAUUUCAAAACAAGAUAGAAAUAAUAAUGAAGUUAUUAUUAAAGGUCAAGAAAAUAAUGAAGUAAAUGAAAAUAUUAAUAAAGAAGUUGAAAAUGAUGAUGAAGAAGAUGAUGAUUAUGAGGAUGAUGAGGAUGAAGAUGAGGAUGAUGAUGAUGAUUAUGAUGAUGAUGAUGAUGAUGAUUUUAUGAAACCAUCAAGAAAGAAUACAGAAUUUUUAAGACAUUGGAAAAUUGGUAGUAUUGGUGUACCACCAUUAUUAAAGAAAAAGAUUACAUCAGCAAUUAAAGAAUAUCCAACUGGUCAAUUAAGAAAUGAUGCAGCAUUAUUAUCUGAACAAUUAAGAAGUAGAACUAGAUUAGGUAAAGCUAUUGGUUCAACUAAUAUAGUUGUUAAACCAGAGGAUAGACCAGUGAUUACCUAUGGUAAAGGUCAAGUACUUGCAUAUAUUUCUCAUAGAAUGCCAGGUGUUUAUGCAUGUACACAUCGUGUAUUUAGUGAGAUUAACAGUAGAUUACCAAAUUUCAAACCAACUUCAUUAUUAGAUUAUGGUUCUGGUCCUGGUACUGUAUUAUGGUCAGCAGAUACAAUUUGGGGUGACUCAAUUAAAAGAAUUAGAGCAGUUGAACCAAGUACCUAUAUGAGUGAUGUUGCAAAGAAACUAUUGGAAGGUAAUACAAAUCGUGUUAAAUGGUCACCUUAUUUAAAUACUGCCAAUUUGAAGAGACAAGAUGGUACAAUUCCUUCAACUGAACUUAAUGAAAUGGUCACUGCUUCCUAUGUACUAUCAGAGUUACCAAGUCAAGAAGCACGUAAUGAUUUAGUUAGAGAGUUAUGGAGUCAUGUUAAACCAUCGGGUAUUUUGGUGUUAAUUGAACCUGGUACUCCAAUUGGUUUCAAUAUUAUCAAAGAGGCAAGACAAUUGAUAUUGGAUGAAGAACCUGAAAUAUUAAGUAUAUACAAAUCAACCAAAGCACAAGUAGUUGCACCAUGUCCACAUAGUGGUAAAUGUCCAAUGGGUAGUUUAUCAUGGUGUCAUUUCUCUCAACGUGUUGAACGUCCAGUAUUCCAAAAACUUGCAAAAGGUCCACAUUCAACAAUGCCAUAUGAAGAUGAAAAAUAUUCUUAUAUCGUCUUAUCAAAGGUUGUACAUUCAUCAAUUCAAAAUCAAUUGGAGAAACAAUUACAAAUCUAUCCAACAGAAGAGUUGGAACCAACUAAAAAUUGGUCACGUUUAAUUGAAGCACCUCUAAAGAGAGGUGGUCAUGUUAUUAUGGAUGUUUGUUCACCAAAUGGUUCAUUAAAUAGAGUUACUGUCGCAAGAUCACAUGGUAAACAAAUGUAUAGAGAAGCUAGAAAAUCAUUUUGGUCAGAUUCUUUCGUUGUAGAUCCUGAAUUAAUUGAUCAUCAUGAAGGUAGAUUCAAUAGAAAUGAAGAAAUUGAAAAUAAAUUAAAACAAGAAGAAGCUGAAAAACUUGAAGAAAUUAAAAAACAAAAGAAAAAAUCACAAUCAUUUUUACAAGAUGAUCUUGUUGAUGAGGAUCAAGAUGAUGAUGAAUUAUCAAUUGAAAAUGGUGAUGCUGAUGGUGGUAAAUCAUUAACAAAGAGCGAAAAGAAAGAAAAAGAAAGAAGAAAUAAUAAAGAUUGGAUGAAUGAAUUACAAGGUACUGAUAGAAGAGUAUUAGAGAAAUUAAUUAAACAAGGUAAAUUCACUGAAAAAUCCGGUGGUUUAUUCGGUUCACAAGAUAAUACACCAGCUUCAGAUUAUGGUACAAAUGAAAUGGAAUUUGGUUUCCAAGAAGAGGAUGAUGACUUGGAUGAUGAAAAUGAUGAUGAAAGCUAUAGAAAGAAGAAACCAAUGACUAUUGCAGAUUUUAAAGAAACUUCUAAAACUAGAAAACUUAGAAAAGAAAAAUUACAAAAAGAUUUAAAUCAAUUUAGAAAACAAACAAUGUCACCAGAAGAAUUGAAAAUACAAGAAGAAAAAGAAAAUGAAAUUAAAAAUAGAUCAAAAAUUUAUAAAGAAAGUAAUCCAAAGAAAAUUGAAUAUUAUCUUAAAAAUUUCGAUAAUGAAAAUGCUUUAGUAAAUCAAGAUACCAUUUUACAACGUCAACAAAAUAGAUUAGAAAAUCAACAAACAAUGAGAGAAACUUUCGAAAAUAUUAAAAAUGGUUUAAGUAUUGCUUCAAAUAAAGAUAAAUUAUUAAAAGAAAAAGAAAAAAUGGAUAAAUUUAGAAAAUUUAAAAAACAACUUGAAAAACAACAAAAUGAUGUUGAUAAUGUUGAUUAA